AUGCACGGCAUCACAAAAAUCACGCGUAUCGCACAGUCAACGCUCACACUUGCCCUCGAGCCUCGCCUGAAUGUAGUCGGCUCUGACAAGCUCUACGAAGCCAUCAUCAUGUACGAACAAUCGGAUUGGUCAUUCAAAGAUCAGCAGUCAAAGAUGCUCCCGCUGCUUGCGCCACCACCAUAUGCUCCGUCUGGACAGGAAACGUCUAUUUUCGUACAGCAACCAGACCUACAAGACGACUAUCGCUGCACAAUAACAAAGCAAGGCCCUGACAUCACGGUGGUCAGCAUCUCCAUACAUCUGCACAAGCACACCGACGCCGACCGCAUCCCGUGCUGGCGCGUGCGGCGCAAGUUCAUUGCGCUCGACCAGCCCAUCUGCGCGCACCGGUGCACAUCAGACCCCGCAUUUUUCAGGGCAGUGCGUCGACGUAUGAAUACGCUGUGCAUCUCAUUCGGCUCCAGGGAGUACUUGCCGUUCUUUGGAAGGUGGACUGACAAGAGCCGAGUGUGGAUCUGUCGGGAAGAGGGGUGCAACAUGUCAGCCUGGAUCACGGAAGACCGCGAUACUGGGAAUCUGAGACUGCAUGCCCGAACAUAUUGGGCUGGUGAGUUGGGUGAGGACGACGCAAAAUUGUUGGAAGCCGUCAAAGUGAGGGCCGAGGAGGGCGGAGGGUUAAGGUACGAGUGA